CACCAUUCUGUGAGAAGGAAGCUGAGAAGGCACCAUUCCUUGUGAAAUUACAGACCCACCCAAGGAAAGCUAGCAGAAUCCGAGUUAUGCCUUCUGUCGUUUGUCACGUCCUCUCUCAUCGCCUACCCCGGUCUUCCAUCGGAAUGCAAACAUUUGGGAUAAAGCCCUGACAAGUCGAGGCCCUGCUCUACGCCAACGCGAACCGUUCCCCGUCCGCUCUCUUCCUGGAGGAGGUGUCAGCCGCCAGGAAGUGUUCUGGCGUGGAUUCCCCUUCCUGGUGCGCUCUCGGGCCAGUUCCCCGGGAAACGUGGGCUUUCUAUUGUUUUCCGCUCCUGGGUUCCGGGAGGUGGCGUCACCUGACUUUGUAGAAGAGCUGGAGUAAAAGGCCGAUCCCGGACGCGCCUGCCCCAUGGGAGUCCAGGGGCUCUGGAAGCUGCUGGAGUGCUCGGGGCGGCAGGUCAGCCCCGAGGCCCUGGAGGGGAAGGUCCUCGCUGUGGAUAUCAGCAUUUGGCUCAACCAGGCACUUAAAGGAGCCCGGGAUCGCCAUGGGAACGCCAUAGAGAAUGCCCAUCUUCUCACUUUGUUUCAUCGGCUCUGCAAACUCUUAUAUUUUCGAAUUCGCCCUAUUUUUGUGUUCGAUGGGGAUGCUCCACUGUUGAAGAAGCAGACUUUGGCAAAAAGAAGGCAGAGGAAGGAUUUGGCCUCCAGUGACUCCAGAAAAACUACAGAGAAGCUUCUGAAAACGUUUUUGAAAAGACAGGCUAUCAAAACCGCCUUCAGCAGCAAAAGAAAUGAAGCACUACCCAGUCUUACACAAGUUCGAAGAGAGGAUGACAUCUACGUUUUGCCACCUUUACAAGAGGAAGAAAAACAUAGUUCAGAAGAAGAAGAUGAAAAAGAGUGGCAAGAAAGAAUGGAUCAGAAACAAGCAUUACAGGAAGAGUUCUUCCAUAAUCCUCACUCAAUAGAUAUUGAGUCUGAGGACUUCACCAGCCUACCCCCGGAAGUAAAGCAUGAAAUCUUGACAGAUAUGAAAGAAUUUACCAAGCGGAGAAGAACAUUGUUUGAAGCAAUGCCAGAGGAGUCCAAUGACUUUUCACAGUACCAACUCAAAGGCUUGCUUAAAAAAAACUAUCUAAACCAGCACAUAGAAAAUGUCCAAAAAGAAAUGAAUCAACAGCACUCAGGACAGAUCCAGAGGCAGUAUGAAGAAGAAGGGGGUUUUCUGAAGGAGGUAGAAUCGAGGAGAGUGGUCUCUGAGGACACUUCACAUUACAUAUUGAUAAAAGGUUUUCAAGCUAAGAAAGUGGAAGAAGUGGGUUUGGAGUCUCUUCCUUCUUCCAGCAAAAUGCACAACAUUUCUUUUGACAUGAAGUCAUCUCCCUGUGAAAACCCAAAGCCAGAGAAAAAACCUGAUGCCACCCCUCCUUCUCCAAGAACGCUGCUAGCUCUGCAAGCCGCCAUGCUGGGCAGUAGCUCCGAAGAGGAGCCUGAGAGUGGAGCCCCAAAGCAGCACAGCAAGAGGGGUGCUGCGCCAGACCAAGGCUCCGUAUCACCACGGACCCUCUUGGCCAUUCAGAGAGCUCUUGAUGAUGACGAAAAUGUGGGAGUGAGUGCCGGGGACAGCAUGCCGGCAGGAGGGCCAGGAGUGAGGACGCUGCUUAGAGACAGCCCCGGCCAAGAGCAUGCUGAAGGGCCUAAAGUGAGAGAAGGGGGAGCAGGGCUGCUCACCACGGGCCCCCCUCCAGCCAACGUGCACUUCCUGGAGGAGCCCGGGGCCAGCCCUGGCAGUGGAGAGGAGCUGACAGACUCGGUUCAUUUGUUGAGCACUCUAGUUAGUCAAGGCAGUAAGUCUGACGUUCCAGAAGAACACAUGCCACUCACUCACACGGAGAAGGGAGUCUCUCAGAUGAACAGUGAGUCCACAGAUAAGGCCAGGAAGGGUCCUCUUCCACACAGUGACAGGCCCGGGCUCCCCCGGGGACAGGAACUGACACAGACACCUCCCACAAGCACAGCUUCUGAACCCAGGAGCGAAGCACAUGCUGAGGAGCUCGAGGUGCGGGCAGGUCCUGGCCCUUCCCAGAGUGGAUAUGAUUCUGCUUUGUCAAGCGAUGAUGAAAGAGAAGCUGGAGCAAGGCCCGCUGAGGUCACUGGCAUCAGCACUUUACAAGAAAGGAGGGACAUAGUAAGUGUCCCUUCAGAGGCAGUAGGUAACCUAGAAAAUGCCAUGCCCUUAAAUGCUGCAGAGCACGAGGAUAUCCCCCAAACCAUCCAGGAAUGCGAAAUAACUACACCCGCGGGCCAGGAGCGAGUGUCAGUCCUGAAUUCCUUGGAACCAGUGGAGAUGGAGUCUGAAGAAAGUGAAUCUGAUGGAAGCUUCAUUGAAGUGCAGAAUGUGACAAGUGAUGAUGAACUUGAAGCUUCCGAACCUCCCUCUGAACAAAGUGAAGAGGAGCCAAGAGGAACUGAGGAGGAAGAAGCCCCUGGUGGCACCCAGAGCCUCCUACAGGACAACUCAGAAGGCGAGGACUCUGAUACUGACCCACGCAAAAAAGCUGAAAAGGAAGCAGAAGACUCCCUGGAUGAAUGGCAAGAUAUCAACUUGGAGGAGCUGGAAACCCUGGAGAGCAACCUCUUAGCACAACAGAAUUCACUCAAAGCUCAGAAGCAGCAGCAAGAGCGGAUCGCUGCCACUGUGACGGGACAGAUGUUCCUGGAAAGCCAGGAGCUCCUGCGCCUGUUUGGCAUUCCCUACAUCGAGGCUCCCAUGGAGGCGGAGGCGCAGUGUGCCAUCCUGGACCUCACCGACCAGACUUCUGGAACCAUCACCGAUGAUAGUGACAUCUGGCUGUUUGGAGCACGGCAUGUCUAUAAGAACUUUUUCAAUAAAAACAAAUAUGUAGAAUAUUACCAAUAUGUGGACUUUCACAACCAAUUAGGAUUAGAUCGGAACAAAUUAAUAAACUUGGCCUAUUUGCUUGGAAGUGAUUACACUGAAGGAAUACCAACUGUAGGCUGUGUAACAGCCAUGGAGAUUCUCAAUGAAUUCCCUGGACGUGGCCUGGAACCUCUCCUAAAAUUCUCAGAGUGGUGGCAUGAAGCUCAAAAAAAUAAGAAGAUAAGACCCAAUCCUUAUGACACCAAAGUGAAGAAAAAACUACGGAAAUUGCAACUCACACCUGGUUUCCCUAACCCAGCGGUUGCGGAUGCUUACCUCAGACCUGUGGUGGAUGACUCAAAGGGCUCGUUUCUGUGGGGGAAACCGGAUCUUGACAAAAUUAGAGAAUUUUGUCAGCGGUAUUUUGGAUGGAACAGGACUAAAACGGAUGAAUCUCUAUUUCCGGUAUUAAAGCAACUGGAUGUCCAGCAGACUCAGCUCCGGAUUGAUUCUUUCUUUAGACUGGCUCAGCAGGAGAAGCAAGAUGCUAAGCGCAUUAAGAGCCAGCGACUCCACAGGGCCGUGACGUGUAUGCUGAGGAAGGAAAGGGAAGCGGCCGCCCCCCAGGUGGAGGGAGAGAGCGAGACGCUGGGCCAGGCCCCGGGCAGCGCCCAGAAGAGGAGCCUCGCCGAGGAACCGCAGGAGGCCUCGAGCCUGAAGAGGAGGAGGAGGCUGUCCGAGUCUGGAGGCCCCGAUGGAUGCGGUGGGUUUUUGGGGCUGAGCUGCCUCUCGGAGUCCGGUGCCUCUUCGGGUGAGGAGGCCGGAGGUUCGCCGCCGAGGAACGUGCGCCGGAGAGGAGCUGGGGCCAGGCGGGGGGUCGUCGGGCCCCGCGCUCCCGUGCAGGCGGCCGGGGUGAGCACCAGCAGCUCCAGCGAGGACGAGGAGGACCGCGGCGGGAGCGCCAGGGCCGCCCUGGUGACGGCCAGGCCCGUGUUUGGGAGGAGAAAAGGGAAGGCGAGCCGUGCCAGGGGAAGAGCGAGGCAAACCUGAUUCAGAAUCUGCCUUCUCCUCCGCGGCCCUGAGGACAGUGAAAUUAAAUGCGUUGGCACAGUCUUCUAUCCAGUGUGUGGUCUUUAAAAAGAUUGGCGCGUGUCCCCUGCCACGUCGGGUGUUUUCUUGUUCUCAGAGACUUUCUCUCUUCCCGAUUCCAUACCUUACACUGCCUGGUGCUUUCUGACCCAUAAGGAAAAAAAAAAAAGAACAAAGAAUCUACAUGACCAGCGCCGGCUCUCAGAAUGCCUUCCCUCUGACUCAUACCUAGUUUUCAAGAAAUGAUCAAGAAAACAUCAAUAUAUAGCCAUCCAUUGAUUGAUCACUUGAUGGAGCCAGAAGUUCAAGAAGAGGCCAGAGAAGACCAUGACGACAAGCAGGUGGUCUCAGAGAUCAUGGCGAGAUGUUUUAUCCCAACUCUGGUAACAAGCAUUUCCUGGGAAGCCUUUCAUUUUGUUGGUCAUGAGAUUCGGAUUACUGAAGCGAUGGACUGUUACGGUGCUGUUGUUUGGCCCUCGGUAUAAUUUCAUACAAAAUUUGCUACAUUCAAUUGUUUUCCAGUCAGUUUGGUUCACUGAUGUGUUUUACAUGGAAGAAGGAAACAGGUUGUAUAAUGCUACUAUGUGACCUCACACAGCACUAAAACUUAGAAAUCAUGCAAUUGGGAAGUCAUUUCCACUAAUUAAUUCUAUUUCUAACUUUAUCAAAAUUUGUGAGACACAUAAAAACAUUGUUUACUCCUUCAGUUUUUUAUGACUGUAGAGUUUAGAAGAGUCAAUGUUUUUAUUUCCCAUUUUACUGGCUCCAUUUGGGUUAAACAAUUAUAGUGACAUCUGUAUGAGUCUAACAUGCAGAAUAUUCUCAAAGGGCACCCACUCCUUCAACAACUGAGCAUGAAGGACACAGACCCUCCACUGCAGCCUGCCCUGGCCCACACACUAAAAAUAACUGGUAUUAUUACUAGUUGCUUCCUUGAAACGUGACCCAAUUUAAGCAACUAAACUCUGUACUUUUAGUUAUCUCUCUUUCCUCCCAGUAAUCCCCAAAGACUAUUUUUAGACAAAAUGUUAAACAUAUUGGGGUUGUAAUUCUGUGAUGAUUUCCUGGAAUGAGGCCUAUGAACAGCCACAGAUGCUCUCCUACUCACAUGGGGAUACUCACCUGUAACAUCAGUGACACAUUUACCUACUGGAGUUUCAUCUUGCUCUUUGUUACUACUUGCCAAGCACCAACUUUUUAAUUUAAUUUUUGUAGGCACUUGUUUUAUGCUAUUUCCUGGAAACAAAUGCAAAGCAGUAUAAUAUGGUUGAUAAAAACGUGAUUGAAAUUGGAGCUGGAACAGGGUUGGUCUCCAUUGUGGCAAGUUUACUGGGUAAGUAGGUAUUUUUGAUUGAAUGGGGGAAUGAGAAUUUAAUGAUCCAAAAUAAGUAGUCUUUACUCUCCAAUGUGCUAUAUGACCUGAGUUUCUUUGUAACCUUAAUUGUUUAAAUGGACUUCAUCAAUAAACUGUACCAAUCCUUA